CAUAAACACAGCAAGAUGCAGCAGCAGCAGCAGCGGCAGCAGCGCCAGCAGAUGCUCCUCCUCAUCUGUGCCUGUAGUGCAGCACUGGUUCUUGGGGAGGUUCUGCCCCUUGAGCCCGAUUUCGACAACUUACAAGGAAUCCUACCGCGUGCUACCAGUCGCAGCGAUAAGCUGCAGGUGUUCCAAAGCAUCUGGGGCGUCUUGCGAUCUGAUUUUGUCGAUGACACCGACAAGGCCAAAGGGCUGUACACCCAAUUGGGUAACUUUAUACGCGACGAAAUGCCAUGCAUUAGCGGACCCACCGGUCGCUCUGCCUGCGAGCUGCAGCAGGAGGUGAGGCGGCACCUGAAGAUGCUUAUGUCCCAGCGGCUGGCGAAUCUCUUGAAUGCCGAGGAGAAUAUUCAGUCGUAUGGCAUGUAUAUAGCAGCCAGCAUAGAGCCGGCCCUGGUGAGGGAUAUCCUAGUGAAUGCCAUCGAGGAUGUGUAUUUCCACAGACCGCUGGAUAAGUUAGUGCGGCAGCUGGAGCAGCUCUACGCGGAUCGCGACGAGGUGAGCUUCAAGAUGAUGAUUGAGGCAGAGUUGGCCCUGUAUUGGCGGUACCAAACCAUGCACGAUAGCAAUGAGCUGUUCUUGUUCAACAUGGCCCGAGUGUCCAACAGGAUAGUCACACAUCACAUGUACGCCAGCGUGGAUGCGGGUCUGCACAGACGCGUCUCUGCCAUGCACGAAAGUUCCCCUGUGCUGCGUCUGCUCUUUGAUCCGCAGGGUUUCUGUCUGCUGAGUGGCUCCGAUCGAGAGUAUUUAUAUACAACCAUAACGGAUGACUGGAACUAUGGGUUAAAUGGCAGGCAGAUGUUCACCUGGCGUCAGCAGAACUACACGGAUUCCGCGGGUCAGAUACGUGCCUUUGUCCAGGAGCAUAAUGAUGAUGCUGCCAGUGCCACUCCAGUCUUUACACUUCGUGGAGAGCUCUUCAAGUGGUACUUGUACGUGGAUCCCGCCGAGGGUAAUCGUGUGGGUGCCCUACGCUCUGGCAGUCCCAGUUCAUCGACCAGUUUCUGGACUAUUGGCUAUGUGGAUAACGUGCUAAUAUUUCGCCAACGGGAUCUGACCAUGUGUGCUGCCGAACAGCACGAUGAGGAGCGGCGGCGGGUGAAGAUGCUGCCGGGUCAAUUGCAUACGCCACCAUCUCCUGCCUGUCAAUGGGAGCCUGUACAUUGUGCGAAAUGAAUAAUAAUAAUUUCGUUAUAUUUCUAUACAUAUA